UAAAAGUUAUUUGACGUUUCGCAGUACUUCACAAAUUACCACCUGUAGGUACGCCAAUAAACAGCGUUACUUCCUUCUCUCGUCACUGGAAUAAAGUAUAACGAGAUAGGUAGCUAGAGUAAAGACAGAAGAUUCGGUCUGUUUCAUCGAUACCUCACGUCAGGACAACAAAACUAGAAAUGACAGUCAUUUUGUGUCUUCUGUGGUCGUUGAUCAUACAAAAUCUGACAGUAACUGCUAUCGAAAUAAGUGCCGAGGAAAUACGUACAGUCUUGAAGACACUGAAGAGUCAAAAGGCCAUCUCCCGUGGUCUAGGAAUACAGCCAGCUGCUGGUUUUGCACAAGGCUCUUGUACAACAGCCAAAAACAAACGUGGGAAUUGUAAACCUCUCAGAGACUGUCCUGAAGUUUUAGCUACUAUUCGUGAGGUAUACCCUACAAUAUGUCGAUGGCAAGGUGUUUACCCUACUGUCUGCUGUCCAAAUGAAUCAGUAGACACGAACGUUCCAAAUCUUCAGGUUUUUAACUGCGGGAUUCGUCCGAAAGUAAAAACAAGAAAUGACUUUACUCAACUGAGUCGAACUACCCCUUACGAUAACAGAUUUGCUCUGAUUGGUGGAGAGGAGGUCGAACGUUUCAGCUGGCCAUGGAUGACAGGAAUUUUCAUACAAAUCUCUCGAAACAGGCAAAUGUUUAUUUGUGGCGGUUCAGUAAUCUCGGAGAAUUACAUCAUAUCUGCUGCUCAUUGUUUCGAAAUGCAGUCCCCUUCUGCUUACAGCGUCCGUCUUGGUUCCCACACUUUAGAAGACGGGAACAGAUAUGAAGUAAAAUCUAUUAAAAAGCACGAGCGUUACACGUCCAAGCAAGUGUAUCACGACAUUGCUGUUUUGAAGCUAAGACGAAAAAUUACGUUCACCGACAAUAUUCGUCCAGUGUGUUUACCUAAGCCUAGCUUUGUCAAACAAAACUUUGAAGGAAGAACUGUUGUAGUGACAGGAUGGGGACAGACUUCUCUCAAUCGUACAUUACCAAGUAAAGUCCUAAGACAAAUAUCCAUUCCAAUUGUCGGCAAAAAACAAUGUCAAGACUCCUACAGUUCCUUAACCCAAGAUCAGUUUCCAAGGGGGAUCACAGUCGGCUUUAUCUGUGCUGGAACUCCGCAAGGAGAGAAAGACUCUUGUGUGGGUGAUUCCGGAGGCCCUCUGGUGAUAGAAGAUAAUGGAAGUUGGGUAUUACUGGGCGUGGUUGCAUUCGGUUAUAAAUGCGCUGAACCUGAUUUUCCUGGUGUUUAUACAAGUGUUACUAACUACCUGGAGUGGAUCGCUGCCAACACGGAACUAGGAAAAUAAUUAGCUUUUAUGUCGUGGUUGUUUACUAAUCUGUGUAGUUUUGUUUGCUAGAAAAACAUUGUUAUUAUCAUUUAUACUUUACUUAACCAGAUAAUCUUGUUUAAAGUUCCGGGAAGACACUAUCUGUGGUUACACUUAUAAAUGAAAUUAAACUUUCUAAGGUAGUUCUUCAUAAAAAUCAAAUUUUCUUGGCAUCAAUUUAUUGCGUUAUUUUAAUAUAAGUAACAAUGUAAACUUUAUAUCUUAUUAUAAAAUUGUUCAUAAAUACAGUAUCAAGAAGAUAGCUUGCUCUACCAUUAAAAAUAAAAUAUCUUUAAGGAAAAUCUAUCUUCACACUAUCCGAUUAUUUAUUUAAUCAGUUUGGUAUUGUUAUUAUAUUAUCUUAAAACCUGCAUUAUACUAAAAGUACUGAUUAAACGUUAUUAUAUUUAUGAUUUGUUAGCAAAUCUUAAUCAACAGCUUAAUAAUGGGCUUUUAUGUAUGUUGGAUUAGUAAACAAUAAACUAUAAAAA